AGUCGAGCCGCCGUCGCCAGCGGACGGGGCGGGGGAGCCCGGAGCCAGGUCCUCGUCAGCCCGCCCCUGUCGCCUCAGCCGGCCGUCGGGGGCUAGACCCGACAGUCAUGGAGCGGGGCGGGACCUCCGCCUGUGGUGUGUGAGGUACGUCGCCGCCGCCUGCGCUUUUUGAGACCUCUCGAACCCCCGCCGCCGCCGCCGCCGCCGCCGCCCGGAGCUCCUCGCCCUUGGCAGCCUGUCGCCGCCCCCCCGGCGGGCUCGAAUGCGCGUCCCUUGAAGGUGCAGGCUCGCCGCCGCCUCUGCCGCAACCGGGAAAUGGUUCGGGCCUAGCGGAGCCGGGACUGGAGGGAAUCUAGAGCAACAGCAAAGCUGAGAUCAAACUGCCAUAAGGAUGGACACCAAGGAAGCUGUGUUUGGGACAAAAAGAAAUCAAGAGAAGCAACAUGAACCGUGAAGACCGGAAUGUGCUGCGUAUGAAAGAACGGGAAAGGCGGAAUCAGGAAAUUCAGCAGGGCGACGACGCCUUCCCACCUAGCUCUCCUCUCUUUGCUGAGCCAUACAAAGUUACUAGCAAAGAAGAUAAGCUGUCAAGUCGUAUUCAGAGUAUGCUUGGAAACUACGAUGAAAUGAAGGAUUUCAUAGGAGACAGAUCUAUACCAAAGCUUGUUGCAAUUCCCAAGCCUACAGUACCGCCGACAGCAGAUGAAAAAUCUAACCCAAAUUUCUUUGAACAGAGACAUGGGAGCUCUCAUCAGAGUAGCAAAUGGACUCCAGUAGGACCUGCACCCAGCACUUCUCAGUCUCAGAAAAGGUCCUCGGGCUUACAGAGUGGACACAGUAGCCAGCGGGCCAGUGCAGGUGCCAGUGGUGGCACUAAUAGUAGUGGCCAGAGACAUGACCGUGACUCAUACAGCAGUGGUGGGAGCAGUAGCCGAAAAAAAGGCCAGCAUGGAUCAGAACACUCCAAAUCACGCUCUUCCAGCCCUGGAAAACCCCAGGCUGUUUCUUCAUUAAGCUCCAGUCAUUCCAGGUCUCAUGGGAAUGAUCACCAUAGCAAAGAACAUCAGCGUUCCAAAUCACCUCGGGACCCUGAUGCAAACUGGGAUUCUCCUUCCCGUGUACCUUUUUCAAGUGGGCAGCACUCAAAUCAGUCUUUCCCACCUUCAUUGAUGUCAAAGUCCAGCUCAAUGCUACAGAAACCCACUGCCUAUGUGCGGCCCAUGGAUGGACAGGAGUCCAUGGAACCAAAGCUGUCCUCUGAACACUACAGCAGCCAGUCUCAUGGCAACAGCAUGACUGAACUGAAGCCCAGCAGUAAAGCACAUCUCACCAAGCUGAAAAUACCUUCCCAACCAUUGGAUGCAUCUGCUUCUGGGGAUGUGAGUUGUGUGGAUGAAAUUCUUAAAGAGAUGACGCAUUCAUGGCCUCCCCCUCUAACGGCUAUUCAUACACCAUGCAAAACAGAACCUUCCAAAUUUCCUUUUCCAACUAAGGAGUCUCAGCAGUCCAGUUUUGGCCCUGGAGAACAAAAAAGAUAUAAUCCUUCUUCUAAAACUUCAAAUGCACACCAGUCUAAAUCUAUGCUAAAAGAUGACUUAAAGCUAAGCAGCAGUGAAGACAGUGAUGGGGAACAGGAUUGUGAUAAGACAAUGCCAAGGAGUACACCAGGAAGUAACUCUGAACCUUCACACCAUAAUAGUGAAGGGGCAGAUAACUCCAGGGAUGAUUCUAGCAGCCACAGUGGAUCUGAAAGCAGCUCUGGAUCUGACUCAGAGAGUGAAAGUAGUUCCAGUGACAGUGAGGCAAAUGAGCCAUCCCAGAGUGCAUCUCCUGAGCCUGAACCACCUCCCACAAAUAAAUGGCAACUUGAUAACUGGCUGAAUAAAGUAAAUCCACAUAAAGUGUCACCAGCUUCUUCUGUGGACAGUAAUAUCCCAUCAUCUCAAGGCUAUAAAAAGGAAGGCCGAGAACAGGGCACAGGGAAUAGCUACACAGAUCCAGGUGGUCCUAAAGAAACAAGUUCUGCUACUCCUGGACGAGACUCCAAAACUGUCCAAAAGGGAUCAGAAAGUGGGCGUGGGAGGCAAAAGUCUCCUGCCCAGAGUGACAGCACAGCACAGAGGAGAACUGUAGGAAAAAAACAACCCAAAAAGACUGAGAAGGCAGCUGCUGAAGAGCCCCGUGGAGGCCUGAAGAUAGAGAGUGAAACUCCUGUAGACAUGGCUACCAGCAUGCCCUCCAGCAGACACAAAGCAGCCACCAAAGGCUCAAGAAAACCCAAUAUAAAAAAGGAGUCCAAAUCUUCCCCUCGACCUUCAGCAGAGAAAAAGAAAUACAAGUCAACAAGUAAAUCUUCCCAGAAAUCAAGGGAAAUUAUAGAAACAGAUACCUCAUCCUCAGAUUCGGAUGAAAGCGAGAGCCUUCCUCCUUCCUCACAAACUCCUAAGUACCCUGAGAGUAAUAGGACUCCCGUUAAACCCUCCUCAGUGGAGGAAGAAGAUAGCUUUUUUCGGCAACGAAUGUUCUCUCCUAUGGAAGAGAAGGAACUUCUUUCACCCCUCAGUGAGCCUGAUGACAGGUAUCCACUUAUUGUGAAGAUUGACCUGAAUCUCUUGACUAGAAUACCAGGAAAGCCUUACAAAGAAACAGAGCCACCCAAGGGGGAAAAGAAAAAUGUGCCAGAAAAGCACACAAGAGAGGCUCAGAAACAAGCCUCAGAGAAAGUUUCCAACAAAGGCAAGAGGAAACAUAAGAAUGAAGAUGAUAACCGAGCCAAUGAGAGCAAGAAACCUAAAACAGAGGACAAGAAUAUGGCAGGCCACAAGCCAUCCAGCAACAAAGAGUCAUCUAAACAGAGUGCUGCUAAAGAAAAAGAUUUAUUGCCUUCUCCUGCUGGGCCUGUUCCUUCAAAAGAUCCAAAAACAGAGCAUGGCUCUCGGAAGAGGACUGUUAGUCAGUCUUCUUCCUUAAAGUCAAGUAAUAACAGCAACAAGGAAAAUAGUGCCAGCAGCAAAAACAGUUCCUCCGCAUCAAAGCAGAAGAGGACUGAAGGAAAGACUUCCAGUAGCUCUAAGGAGGUCAAGGAAAAGGCUCCAAAUAGUUCUUCUAACUGUCCUCCAUCUGCACCAACUCCUGAUGCUUCUAAGCCUCGGAGAACGAAGCUUGCCUUUGAUGACAGAAAUUAUUCAGCAGACCAUUAUUUACAAGAAGCAAAAAAGCUAAAGCACAAUGCAGAUGCAUUGUCUGAUAGGUUUGAGAAAGCUGUAUACUAUCUUGAUGCUGUGGUAUCUUUCAUUGAAUGUGGGAAUGCAUUAGAGAAAAAUGCUCAGGAAUCCAAAUCCCCAUUCCUUAUGUAUUCAGAAACGGUGGAGCUCAUCAAAUACACUAUGAAGCUAAAGAAUUACUUGGCACCAGAUGCUACAGCUGCAGAUAAAAGACUUACAGUGCUAUGCCUGCGAUGCCAGUCUUUGCUGUACCUGAGGCUCUUCAAACUGAAGAAAGAAACUGCUCUGAAGUAUUCAAAGACGCUGACAGAGCAUCUGAAGAAUUCUUACAAUAACUCUCAAGCACCAUCACCAGGCUUGGGAAGCAAAGCUGUUGGGAUGCCUUCCCCUGUUUCUCCAAAGCUGUCACCAGGCAAUUCAGGAAAUUAUUCUUCUGGAGCCAGUAGUGCUUCAGCAAGUGGUUCUUCAGUGACCAUUCCACAGAGGAUUCACCACAUGGCAGCCAGCUAUGUUCAGGUUACAUCCAACUUCCUCUAUGCCACUGAAAUUUGGGACCAAGCCGAACAGCUUUCCAAAGAGCAAAAAGAAUUCUUUGCUGAACUGGAUAAAGUAAUGGGCCCUCUCAUCUUUAAUGCAAGCAUCAUGACAGACCUAGUUCGUUACACCCGGCAGGGACUGCACUGGCUUCGCCAGGAUGCCAAGUUGAUAUCCUGAACUGAACACAAUCUCAUUGCCUCUGAUUUUCUCCACAACACUGUGUCAUGUCACGAAGGAAAACUGCCAUAACACACCACCUAGUUGACACUAAGAAUGAGGAAUGGUUUUCUCUUCCCUGGUUCCUGCAUUUUUUUUUAAUAACCCAAAGUCAUGUCAUUUGACCCUUCAAUAUUCCCAAUAUGAAAAAUUAUUUAAAUACUUUUAAAUCUGCAGCAUGUUGAUAGUUAGUUUCAAUGAUCUAUAAUAAGAUUGAAAUUUCAGUUGCAGUUCAUAACUAAUUUGUUGAAAUUCUAUUUAUUUUAAUUUUUUUAAGUUCCCAGAUUGGGGCUAGUUUAAAACUUAGUUAUUUCUGCCUAUAAAUUUACUCUGUUGAAUAUUUUAUGUAAAUGUUAUGUAGACUUUAUUUAUAUACUUUGGGAGCUUUGUUACCUAAAAGUAAUGUCUUUUUGUGGUAACUCUUCUAAGAGUAAGAGUUGGUUUAUCUAGAAUAGGGACAUGUUCUUUCUACACCUACUACCUGAUAUUACUUCAGAUCUUAAGUACAAUUUUAUUAUUGCAGAAUUUAUACUUAGUACAAUAUUAAGGAUAUUCUUCUACACAUGGAAAAUCACUUAGAUAUGAGAAGAUGGCAGUCUAUGUGAAUGUAAAGUGAAAUGUUUCUGAUUUGGUAUGCAUUAUUUCAAGAACUGUGAACAUGUGUUAAUAACACUAUAGCAAUCACAAGGUGACUGUAACUUGCAUUUAAUGCAUUACAAAAGAGGGCAGGCAGACUUUCUAGGAGAAGCAUAUCGUGUGAAGGGUUUCAUAAAAGGACAAUCUUGAACCUUAUGGAUUUUAUUAAACCAUAUGUUUGGUGGUUGUUGUUACUACUAAUAAUUUGACACUUAACUAAAACAGAGUAAGUUACUGUUGAACAAAGGAUGAUCCAACUCCUGAGGGUUGCUGCCUAUAUCUCUUUCAUUGAUGAUGUUUGUAGGGUAAAAUCUCUCUUCAGAAUUUUAAUUAAAAAAUUAUUUUCCCACACUAGACUGUGAUGCUCCAGUAGGAGCAUGCAGUGACUGAUGUAAAGUGGCCUGGAGUUUUGGUGUGUGUGCUUUUUGCUAUACAACUUAGGGUUCUAAUGCCUGAUAUAGAGAUGAUGAAUUUCACCUUUUAAACCUAUCUUAUGUUUACUACCUUUGUAUUUUGAAAGCCUUCAUCAAUGAUAUAUGUUUCUGAUGGGAUCAGAAAAUUCGCACUAGAAAAGUACCUAACUUGUUUCAAUGUGAGCUCUCUUGGGAAGGGGAGGGGAGCAGGAGUAGAGCUUAAUAAGCCAGCUCUGUUAAGAGUUGUAUAUCAAAGUACCUUUCCCUUAUAAGGUGCAGAUAGGAGUUAAAGGUGAGAAAUAUACCUACUGUCUUUUGUUUUAGUGCCCCUAUCAUGUCUGGUGUGCCUUAAAUCUUACCUUUAAAUGAAGACUCUAUGGAUUGUUUACAGAUGAAGUUUUACACUAGGAGCAGAUCACCCAUAUGGUUGGUCUUCUGUAGUAAUAAUGUUAAAUUCUCUUUCCUUUUCAGUUGUCCUUUAGGGUCACAUAAAGAUUAAUUCUUUCAGAAAAGCUAAUGCUUUGGUACAUGACUUAGUCUAACCUAUUGGGUAAUGCUGCUUCAAAAAAUAGUUUGUCCUCCCAAUUCCAAAAAUGAAUCCAUUCAAUCAGAAAAAAGGAUUGCCCUGUUAUUUAUAGAUGAUCGCUAAGGUUUGAAAUGAGAAAGAAGGGAUAGAAAAUCUCUAAGCCCAGUGGUGUAGUGGCCCCUCUGUGUCUGAAUCUACACUUAUGAAGCUAGUUAACUUUUCUUGUCCUGUGGCCUCAUCUUGAGCUUCUUAAUGGUUUUGUACCUCAAGUUGUUUUUUUUUUGCAUAUCACUGAAGAUUCAGAUCCUUAAUUUAUGUUGAAUUUAACAGUUUUCCCUUGGAGAAAAUUGCCUCUGAUAUCUUGGUAAUUUUAUCUUAGUGUGUUUUAGAAACAGUUUUCCUUAAGAAGACAGCUUCUCUAUGAUCCAUGGUGGUUAUUCAGUAAGAAACUUGCCACAGUUAAUCAAAGUAAAUGUUUGCCCUGUUCUUCUCUAAUUUCUCUGACUCUGAUUCCUUAAUUUUCUGUGAUAUCUUCGAAAUGGAAAAAGUAUCCUUAAAGCUUUUAGGCUUUCAGCAACAGCAGCCAGUGGGGCACUUCUGAGUUCCAGUGUGUUCUAGUCUCUUGUGAGUCCUGAAAGAUAGCAGGAACAUUUAUUUCCCAGGUCACACUGAUAAUUUGUUAAAGCAGAAUUUCCUGCAUGUUUUAUGGUGCUGUGCUAAAAUAUUCUGUCUCUAAAACUGUGUUAAUUCUUGGGAAAUAAGUUUUUCAAGCUUUUAAUUGUGGAGGGUUUUUCCCACUAGGUGGUAAUGGGCGAUGGAUCAAACUCCUUUUCUAAACAGUUGAAUUUUCAGUGUAAAAGUCUGUGGAAACACCCCUCCCUCUUCUCUGUGUCCAUCUCCUCAGAAGUUCUGUCUGUCUGCAUCUGUUUCAGCACAUACUUUGGACUCCUUUACAGGCGACCAUUCCUCCUUCCUUAAUAGGUGUCUUCAGUGUUCUCUAAAUACUUAAAACUGAUUUUGACAAGUAGCUAAAACUUACUUAGCCUAAGACUUGUAUUUAAUAUAGUUAAUUAUAAAAAUAGCAACUAUUUUAAAAAUUGUUCUGUUGACUGCUCUUAAGACCACACUUGUAUGCCAGGAGGCAGCAGCCACACCACUGGCAACCAGCGAACAGAUUACAGUGGAGGAAGUUGUCACAUGGUAUAUAAUAUUGCCCAACCUAGGCUGGGCUGUGGGGAACACUCCCCUCCAGGUGAUUCAAGUUUCCACAGUCCAGCCUAGGCCCAGCCUGACUGGGAAGCAUUUAGCCCAUUUCUUGCCUCAGUGCCACCUUUUUCUGGGCAAGUAGUUAACUGAUUUUAUAAGCAAUGAAUACUUCAGAUAAAUUCACAGCUGUAGUUGCUGCAGAGUAGAGAAGGUUGACCAUCACCAGUUUAAUUCUCCAAUGUAAAAGCUGUCUAGAGUAAUGUGUGCACAUGCCCACACAUGCCUGUGCUCUGGGGGGCUCUUGCACUGAUGGAUGCACAGGUGUCUGGGUUGCACUUUGAACGACACACUUGUGGCUUUAUAUUGGGUUUGCUGUUGUUUGUUGUUUUUUAAUCGUUGUUUGUUUCUUUUCAUUAAAGAAAGGUCUAAUCAGCUAGAUCAGACAGCAUCAUUUUUGUAUUUAAUGACAAUGACUUUGAGAAAUUACCUUAUUGAAUAAGCUUGUGUUGUGAAGCAAGAGCCUGCAAAACACACCUGUUGUAAAUGAACGUUCUGGCUCUGGAGGCCAGCAGCACUCUGUGGAGUUUCAGAGUAGUCUGUAGUUGCUCCAGUCAGUGAUGCCUAGUUGUGUAGAGGAGAGGUACGCUGUGCACUCUUCUAAGUGUGAGGGUAUGCAACUUUGGAUUUUAAAAUUAUAUACACAUACACACUUUAUAUAUAUGUAUGUAUGUAUGAAAACAUGAAAUUAGUUUGUCAGAAAUGUGUGUGUUUAGUAUUUUAGCUUAGUGCAACUAUUUCCACAUUAUUUAUUGAUCUAAGACACUUUCUUGUUGACACCUUGAAUAUUAAUGUUCAAGGGUGCAAUGUGUAUUCCUUUUAGAUUGUUAAAGCUUAAUUACUAUGAUUUGUAGUAAAUUAACUUUUAAAAUAUAUUUGAGCCCUUCCGUAGUAUUAUAGGGCUCAUACAGGGUGGGAAGGAUUUUAAUUUUCCAGUUGCUAAUUGAACAAAAGGGCCUCAUUAUGUACUUUGAAUUAUAGAAGUUUGCCUCUGGAUCCCAGGAACAUCUACUGGGAAGGAUGUUUUAGGCAGAUUGUGAAGAUUGUUUUUUAAUCCUAAGUAGAUUGCAAAGCAAAACAUUUCAAAUCCAUCUAGAUUCCUAUAACUCAUAUUCCCUAAUUAUGUGGAACACAGAUUUCAUUUCAAUUUCAUGUAUCUAUGUGUUGGAGAGGCAGAAUUUUUUCCAAUAAUAAUAUUGCACAUCUAAGGUUGCUAUUCAGUAAUAUAAAUAGAAGAGAUAAGCAUUGAAUGACUUAGAAUAUAUAGUGACAAGAGGCCAAAUUGUUCAUGUUUGUGAGCAUUUCUUUCACAUAUUCACUAAUAGAAAAAUUCAUUUUAGACCCCUAGACCCUAUAACUAAGCCGACAACUGAUAGGAAGUAAGUUAUUAAUAGUUGGUAAACCAAUUGCAGAUUCUGUUCACUCAAACCAUAUGGUUAAUUAAAAAGAACUUACAGUCUCCCGAAAAGCGAAUGGAAAGAAUAUCUUCUUUUUUUCUUUUUGAUGGCAUUUGGUCACAGAAUAAGGCAUUAGAGUUAAGUCUAAACCAAUCUUUAAGCAACGGAAAAUAGCAACCCAAGUAAUCGUUGACUUUGGGGAAUGUAAUGAAGUAAUGAAGUUGACUUUGGGGAAUGUCAGCUUUGACCUCUCCUUGCCCACCAUUCCUCAGCUAAGCAUAAAUUCCCAUUCUUAAAAAGAAACAGCCAAAAGGUGCUCUAAUUUAGAGCAUGGGGGAAAAGCUCCCACCCAGAAAUUCUAGUAAUACUCUGUUUUGACCUCUUACUGCUCCCACAUGGGGUUUCUUUAUAGCUUUUUACCACUGGAAUUUUCUACCUGCUAUGUUCCUCUCUGGAAAACAUCUAUUUGGAAAUGCUGCCUUUCAGAUCAAUGCCAUAAUUAUCCAUGCUGUUGAGUUUAUUGUUGCUGUUCAAGAAGUGUCCCCAUUUUACAACUUCAUGCACACACCUGGCAGAUCAUUGACAUGAGCAUUCAACAGUACUGGGGUCGAGGUGGGGUGGGAAUGGGCAGGGCUCACCAACAAAGCUGGCCCAGGUGGCAGUGCCUAAAAAGGUGUCACCUUUGAGGACCAGAUGUGGGGUUGGUAAGCACAGUUAUGAAAAUUUCUAUCCAGCCUCCGUUUUGAAUGGUUUUAAGAAAUUUUGUAUAUGGAGGACAUAAAUACUUAUAUAUUUAUUGAAAAUCCUUUUUUUUUUUUUUUAAUUAAAAUUAUUUGGUGAAUAAUGGUUUGAUACUUGGGGAGGGUUUUGGAGGGGAGGUAAUGCCACUGAUAAAAGCCUUGUUGAUUCUGCAGAAAGGUACUGUUAGUGUCUGAUAGGAUGCCUUUGUUUUAUACAUGAUCCAAAUCUUUGUUUUACAUUUCUUUUAUCCAAAAUAUUUAGGCAUCUGACAUUUUCAACCAAAAUUUCAAUUAUAUACUGUGAUUUUUAUUUGUUGCAAUACAUUAAAAUUUCAGAGGUACUUUGGGGCUCAAAAGCUAGGAUUUCUAAGUCAGUAUGUGCAUUUCACGUAAUAAAGCUGUUAAUGGUGAGCAAAGUAUUAUAUACUAACUAGAUUUUUCCACAUCUGUAUAGUAUAUUAUAUGUAUUUUGUGGUAUUGAGAUUAUAGAAAGUUUAGAGUGUCAAACAUGCGUUUAAUGUGUAUUUUUAAACAAAUUUAUGGCAAUUAAAAUAUUUGGAGACAAGGGUAUCACAUUUCAAUUUGUAAAGAUCUUUUUAACUCUACUGUGUCAUUAAGAUGCUUUGUAUAAUGCCAAACCAUAGCUGGAGAAACUAAGUUUAAUAAAUAUCAAAUAGAUUUUCUGUAUUAAAGUUUAUAAACACUG